UGGAUAUCAUGAAAGGGUUCCAAGUUUGUCAUUAAACUUAAAAAAUGCAUUAGUUGCCUAUUUGUUUGAUAUCCUAAUUGGUAUAGAAAAUAAGAUAACAAAUUUGGAGUUUCUCCUUGAGAUUUAUGUGACCUAAGACAAUAUGAAUGCGAGCUUACAGGACAGAGAAAACGUAUUGAAUGAAUUCCUAGACCAUGUUGCUGUAUUCUUUUAAAAAGUUCAAAACAUUUUUCAAACAAUUUAAUACGAACUGAUAGAAAUAGCCCACAAGGAAUCUAAUGAUGUUUAACCAGAGAUAAGUGAUGAACACAACAGUCAGGUUCAGAGGUCUGAACUCCCAUUUCAUUAGUCCUAACCAAAGACCUCAUCUUCUGCUAAAGCAACACUGUUAGAAACACAUCUCUUUCAGCAAACAGGAAAUCAACUGGUCAGUUUAAACUGACACUCUUGAAACAUAAUGAACUGUGAUUAAAAAAUAACCUCUCAUUGUCUAUGGAUUAUAGUGCAAUGAAACGCCACUCCAUGUCAGAAUGACAACUUAUUCAGUGUAAUUGAAAAAAUUUUAAUGAAAGUCAAUCAUUUACGUUUAUUUUUUGUAUCUAUUCUAUUUGCAUGGUAAUCCAACUAUAACGUUUAUUCCCUUCUAUACCCUAUCAUGAGGAUUUGAAACUUUUUCUAGAGAUGGCUGGACAAAGUAAGGGAGUUUAUUUGAGCAGGACACCAGUGCUCUUUACUCACAAAUCCUUGCAAACAUAAUGAUUCUGUGGUUUAGCAUCAUAUCUGAGGAGAAAUUAACAAAUAUGCAUUAUUUUUAACCAUUUUAUUGCUUAGCUAAUAUAAUAGGCCUUUAUAUCCAAUUGUACAUGUUUAUAUGCUAUUCAAGGUUUAAUUUUUUGUCAGAUAAAAAACAUCUUUGAAUACAGAAAUAGAGGAAGCAUUAGGCCUAGUCUGGUUAAAGGGCAUUGCUUUCCAUCUAUCCAUUCAUCCACCCAUUCAUUCAAUUCAUUCAUUCAAACCUAUACUUACUGACUGCUGACUAUAUGUCAGGGAUUUAUUGACAUAUUUAAACAAGAUGGUUUUGUGAAUAUAUCUCAAUAAAAUUGCAUUUAAAAUAAAUAAGUAAGAAAGAUGGGAUCCCUGACUAAAAUGUGAUUAUAAUCAUGUAUUCAUUAAACAAAAUAAAGCACAGUGCUUGUACUGAGGUUCACAGACGUGGAAAUAGUAUGUCCAAGAUCACACUGCUGGGGUAGAACAUCUGUAAAAUUGGAAUAAUAUCCACUUUGCAAGGCUGUUAUAAAAGUAAGGUUGGUCUUAUUCACAUGUCAUGUCGUUAUUCUUUCUCAUCUUUGUGCUCCCAUUGCCUUUAGCACAGUGAUUUGCAUAUUUUAACUCAAUAAUCCUUUACUGAAAUGAGUUGAACUGUCUGCUUUAUAUGGUCUUGCUCUUAGUGCAUCUAACCACGUUUCUCCUCCCCCUUUUGGUGCUAUGGAAGAUUUUCAAGGUAAGUCAAGGAGGGAACUUGGGGAAGAGACUUGAGGGUCCUACAUGGGCUAAGUACACUGCCAAUAAUAACUUUAUUAUUAUUGUUAUUAUUUAUAAAUAAGAUUUUUGAAACUGAAAGCAACUCUGAUCAUCUGGUGUAAAUACCUCCUUUUACAAAUCAGGCAGGUAUGUAAGAGCAGGGACUAGCUCCUUAGUGUCCUGACUUGACUUCUUUAUAUAUUGCAAGACCUCCUUUGUGAAAGUUUUUAUGUGUGCAUUUAACCUCACUUAGUCUAGGACAUCUAUUUUCCUUGAAAUCUUGAUAGGUCUGCCAGUUUCCUCAAGGGAAACCAACAUAACUAGAUUUUAAUCUCUUUGAAUUGUGGCUUCAGCUAUAAAAGUCUUAGCUGAGGUUUUAAUGACUAGAUUUAAGUAAAUUUAACAGAUACACCAGGGACUGUUCUAAUUACAUACACCAUUAAAGGGCUUUACGUGAGGAUUUAAAAAAAAAUACCAUUAAUAAAAACAAAAACAUAGUUGAUGUGCUGUGUAAUUUGCCAGCAGGAAAGAUUUCAAUGUCCUGCCUUACUUUCAUAUAAAAAGGAAGCUAAGAAAAUAGAAAAGUGACAGUAAAUCAACAUACUCCAAAGGAAGCCUGGGAUUCUUUUGGCUCUUUGUCUCCAAACAGCUGUCUGGGCCUAUUUUGAUUCUACAUUGAUGAUUCUUAGAAUGGAGCCAAUACCCAAACUUCUAGCUGGACUUAUUCUGCUGACUUUAUGUGUGGUGGGCUGCUGCAGCCAACACUGGUCCUACGGAUUGCGCCCUGGAGGAAAGAGAAAUGCUGAAAAUUUUAUUGAUUCUUUCCAAGAGAUAGCUAAAGAGACUGAUCAACUUGCAGAACCUGAACACUUCGAAUGUACCAUUCACCAGCCACGGUCUCCCCUCAGGGACUUCAAAGGAGUUCUGGAAAGUCUGAUUGAAGAGGAAACUAGGCAGAAGAAGAUGUAAACCCAUUAGGCCAGAAGGAGUGACAACUUUUAAGUAUAAUGCCAACAUUGAAAUCUGUGACCGAUUUAAUAUCUGUAAAUUGUGUGAGUUUCAUAUGAAGUGCUGUGUUGUGAAUAAAAUGUGUAAAUGUUAA